AGCACGCCUGCGGAGCGGCGUAGUUUGCUAACUAGCUAGCCAAGUUUUCUUCCUUCUUGUUUUUCUUCUUUUUGAACGGCUAUUCUGCCGUCGCGCAGCGACGAGAAGAGCGUCUUCUGGCGAACACUUGGGCCGUUUCCACACUCCGCUGUAAAGCCCGGACGCCGCUGUCGUGCGCGGUGAACGCGGAGAGCGCCACAUGGAGGCGGUUCUCCGGAACUUGGAGAGCGCGGCGGAGCUGCUAGCCGUGACACGGACCGAUGUCGUGGGACGGUGGGACGAGAAAGCCGUCGACGGGGCCUUCCGGUGGGCCCGCUACUGCGAGCACCUCCACUCGCGAUUUCACACGAACUCUCCGAUAAGGAAGAGGUUGGAAAACCAGCUGCUGGUCGCAAACCAGCGGCUGCGGGCGGCCUUCCCAGGGUACGCAGAAGUCACGUUUUCCGACCUGGGGCGUAGUCAGCAUCUCUUGCUGGAGAGGCUGUUGGCCAACCGUGUGCUGCCAAGCUCCAUCCUAAGGGUCCUCCUCUGCAGCCCGGUUUAUUUGAAAACGGACGAUAAUGAGGUGCGGGAGGGCGCCACCGGCGAUUGCAUCCGACUCGUUGAGUACAAAUCAGCCUGUAAGGUCCUGGGGGCCGUAAACGUAGGCCCCCCCUCUUUCCCCGGGCCGGAGGUUGGCGUGCAGGCCACGAUGCUGACGGAGAGGCUGGGUGCACUUUUGCAGGGCGGCGAAGUGGAAGUUGCAGAGCGAUUUCUAAACUCUCUCCUAGACGCGUUUGAGGACAAGGGGUGUGUCUGCUUGAUCGUGGCUGCAGGCCUUGUUACACGGGAGAGCAGCGUGGCUGCAGAGGACGCUUCAGUGGACUUCCUGUUGAACUGGUUACUGCAAAACAGCAGCCUGCUGCAGUAUAUGUGUUAUGCAUUGCCCGCUGGACUUUUGAGAGACCUCGUCAAGCAGAAUGUGAAAUUUGGGGUUGCAUAUUGUAAUAUACUGAGAAAUUGGGCUUCAGAUAUGGAGUAUGACCUCAGUGAAGGUAAAUGGAUUCACACUAGCCCCGGCACCAGAAUGUCCUUCGAGGAACUGUCUGAUCGUUUUCUGGCCUUGUUCGAGGCCUCCUCCGUGCUGAGAGAGGACAUAGAAAAAAAACUAAACGCUCUUAAGAUUUCUGAUGGGGAUUUUGAUGUAAGAGGGCUCAGCGUGUGGGGGGACCUCCUGUCUGAGAUGAAAAGGAAAUGUAAAAUGGAUUGAAGAGCCAAAACAUCACAAUUUAUAUUUUCAUGCUUUUCAAGCUGUAACUGUAUUAUUAUUAUUAUUAUUAUUAUUAUUAUUAUAUGAACAGUAUUCUGAUUUGAUUCCUGGAUUAACACCAACACAUUGUUCAGUGGCUCAAAACCCCAACCCAGCGUGUACUAGAAAAACUUAACAGGGCAAGCAAUAAGAUGCUGUUAAUGUCCAUAUUGUUAAAAACACCCUUAUCUAUUAAUUUUUGGGGCCAGUGCUGCUAUACCUGCACAGGACCAGAUCUCAGAUUGUUACAUUUCUGUAUGGCGCUACACAUUUUCAAUGAUUUUGUUCGACCUCAUAAAGGCUUACACUCUUUUUGGAAGAGGAUUUUUCUGGACACGUGUUUAUAAGAUAUUAUGUGGUUGUACAGCUCAGAGGGUAUUAAAUGCUUGUA